GUAGUCUCCUUGGCCUCCGAGAUCACCAGUCAACUUCCUUGAUACCUUACUUCCGUAGAAGAAUAAAUAAAGAAAAGUCCAUUACCUGCUCUUGCAUAAUUAUCAGAAGUGGUUAUCUAGGGUUCUUGUCUCAAACCAAGGUUAAUGUACCCUCCUUUAACAUUGAUCAAUGGAGUCACUUUCUAACAUAGGUAGCACGUACCCCUUUUGCAUACCGCCAUGAAGAGCAUUUUCCUUCUUGAAACGGCUUUGGUUUUGGCUUUAUCAACACCAGCCGUAGCGGAUUGGCAACUCAAGUCUCGCUCAGACCUCGCUCCGCCAAGACUGAAUAUCACGAUUCCAGCAACUGAAGAUGUUGAAAGGGGGUAUUUGUUUGUUGCCCCUUUUGCAGGCUUCCCGGACACGCCUACAGAACAGCACGGUCCUCGACAAGCUGGCCCGUACAUAUUCCGCGACGACGGCGAUCUAGUAUGGUCGGGCUAUGGCAUAUAUAGUAUCUGGUCGACCAACUUUCAACCAGCGCGCUGGAGAGGUAAAGACAUUCUGUUCAGCUUCGAAGGUGAUCACAAUCCGGGAUAUGGACACGGCCACGGCCAUAUUACCAUCAUGGAUAACCACUAUGAAACAAUUCGAGAACUUCGGGCCGGCAAUCACAAACUCGUGGAUAAGCAUGAGUUUCAUAUUGUCAAUGAGGAAACAGGGCUUAUCCAGAUAUACCAGCCUGUUGCACGCGAUCUCACAGCUUGGGGCGAGAGUCACGAACAGCAAUGGAUUGUCAACUCUAUCGUUCAGGAGCUCGAUAUCGCUACCGGUAAACUAUUAUUUGAGUGGGCAAGUCUAGACUACGUCUCCCCAGAUGAGGCAAUAUUGCCAAUUAAUUCAGGCCAAGCUGGUUCAGGAUUUAAUAGUUCGGAUGCAUGGGAUUACUUUCACAUCAACAGUGUGGAUAAAGACUCGGAAGGCAACUAUCUCAUAUCCGCGCGAGAUGCAUGCAGCAUCCACAAGAUCAACGGCACCGACGGGAGCAUCAUCUGGAAGUUGAACGGCAAGGAUAGCUCUUUCAGAGUGGCAAAAGAUGCCGAAUUUUGCUUUCAACAUCACGCCCGAUGGAUGAGCCAAUACGAUGGCGUUGAGGUCAUUAGCCUCUACGACAACAGCGCACAUGGGACUGAGCACAGUGGAGGUUCUGAAGUCCACACUGCUCCAACAAGUAGCGGAAAGAUUAUUAAGGUGAACACUACGUCGUGGGAGGCUGAAUUAGUCCAGGUUUUCUUCCCACCUGACGGCCUCCUAUCCAAGUCCCAAGGUUCUACCCAAAUACUUCCGAACGGGAAUGCUCUUGUAAACUGGGGCUCUUCGGGUGCUAUGACCGAGUACUUACCGAAUGGCACAGCCAUCUUCCAUUCCUACAUGGAUUCUGGUUAUCUCGGCCUCGGCGUUGAGAACUAUCGUGCUUUCAGGUACAACUGGACCGGUCUUCCCACCGAGGAACCGGCUAUCGUGGCCUUGAGAGGCGAAAAGGACAUCACGGCCUACGUCAGUUGGAAUGGCGACACCGAGACUAAGUCGUGGAGGUUCUAUGCCGUCCUUGACGACUACGGGUCUAGACAGUUCAUCGGCGAAGCAGAAAAAAAGAGUUUCGAGACAUCGCUUCGAAUUCACGACACAAGUGUUAAGGCAAUUUCCGCCGAGGCUAUAGACUCCAACGGCAGGUCGCUGCGAGAUGCUGGAGUAGCUUUUGUGGAGCGAGAAAUCAAGCCAUUGGGAGCACCGGCUAAGGGUCCCGUCUCUAUGGUCGCAUCCGAGAAACCCGUUUCGAAGGAAAGGAGCCGAUGGGAAAAGGAAGAGUACCCGAUCUUGAAGUACGGCCGACUUCGUGUCGAAGAACUCUAAGCUAAACCGUGUGGGGUUGCCGUUGCUGCUCGACUGAAGCCAUCGAUGCCGCUAAACUCUGGACUAGGUACCUGG